GCCCGUCUCUAUCUACUAACCUCAACUCAGCUCUUCACCUGCCGUCUCCUACAUCUGUAGAAUUCACUCUCUCUUUCUUUCUCGUUCGUUUCUUCUGCCUCCUUAUCCCUCUCUAAAACCAUGUCCUCCUACGCCGGCGCCGCACCGGCCAACUACCUCGUCAACUCUCGGAUCUCCCCCUCUUCCAUCACCCACCGCCGUAACCCACGCGCCGCUGCUCCCCGUUCCGCCUCCUUCAAAUGCGACCUCGGUUCUUCUUCUUCUUCCUCUCCGCAGAACCCUAAACCCUCUGAAUCAAAGGAGAAGGGGAAUUCUUUCCUCAGUUCUAUCUCCAAACCCUUAGUUCUAGCCGGCGUUUCCGCCUCCACUCUCCUCAUCCGUCUCGCUCCAGUUCCCUUCUCAUUCGCCGACGGAGGCCCUGGCAAUUUCGGAGGUAAUGGCGGUUGGUUCGGUGGCGGCGGCGGCGGUGGGGGUGGCGGAGGUGGAUUCGGCGAUGGUGGUGGGGGAUUUUGGGAGAGAUUGCUUUGUCCAUCGGCUGCUAUUGCCGACGAGCCCCAAUCGCCAGACUGGGAUGUCCACGGCUUGCCGGCCAACAUUACCGUCCAACUCAACAAGCUCAGCGGCUUCAAGAAGUACAAAGUCUCCGACAUUGUUUUCUUCGACACCCGGAGAAGGGCCACCGUUGGUACGGAAGAUUCUUUCUUCGAGAUGGUUUCCCUACGGCCCGGCGGAGUCUACACAAAAGCGCAGCUGCAGAAGGAGCUGGAGACUCUAGCUACUUGCGGAAUGUUCGAGAGGGUCGAUUUGGACGGGAAAACGAACCCAGAUGGGAGCCUAGGGAUCAGCAUCUCUUUCGCGGAGAGCACCUGGCAGUCGGCUGAUAAGUUCAGGUGCAUCAAUGUGGGGCUGAUGCAACAGUCCAAGCCCAUUGAGAUGGAUGCUGACAUGACCGAGAAAGAGAAGCUUGAGUACUUCAGGAGUCAGGAGAAGGACUACAAGAGGAGGAUUGACAGGGCGCGCCCCUGUUUGUUGGCACCUCCAGUUCACAGGGAGGUUAUGCAAAUGUUGAGGGACCAAGGCAAGGUUAGCGCCAGGUCGCUGCAGAAGAUAAGGGAUACAGUGCAGAAGUGGUACCACGAUGAGGGUUAUGCCUGUGCCCAGGUCGUUAAUUUUGGGAAUCUCAACACCAAGGAGGUAGUCUGUGAGGUGGUCGAAGGUGAUAUUACGCAGCUGGUUAUUCAGUUUCAGGACAAACUUGGUAACGUUGUUGAGGGGAAUACUCAAAUGCCUGUUGUCAAGAGAGAGCUGCCUAAGCAGUUACGGCCUGGUCAAGUGUUCAACAUUGAAGCUGGAAAACAAGCUCUGAAGAAUAUAAAUGCUUUGGGCUUGUUUUCCAACAUUGAAGUGAACCCAAGGCCCGAUGAGAAGAAUGAAGGAGGAAUCAUUGUUGAAAUUAAGCUUAAAGAGUUGGAGCCAAAAUCAGCUGAAGUUAGUACAGAGUGGAGCAUUGUUCCUGGGCGUGGUGGACGGCCCACAUUGGCGUCACUCCAGCCUGGUGGAACUGUUUCUUUUGAACAUAGGAAUAUCAAAGGGCUGAAUCGGUCAGUUGUGGGCUCAAUCACAACAAGCAAUUUCUUUUUGCCUCAGGAUGAUCUUGCCUUCAAGCUUGAAUAUGUCCAUCCAUAUCUUGAUGGUGUAUACAAUGCUCGCAACCGCACCCUUCGAACCAGCUGCUUCAACAGCAGAAAACUUAGUCCAGUCUUUACUGGUGGGCCAGGGGUCGACGAGGUUCCUCCAAUAUGGGUGGAUCGAGCUGGGGUGAAAGUUAAUGUUACAGAGAACUUCACCCGCCAGAGCAAAUUCACAUAUGGGCUGGUGAUGGAAGAGAUAACAACACGUGACGAGAGCAGUCACAUAUCUGCAAAUGGCCAAAGAGUUUUACCAAGUGGUGGAAUUAGUGCAGAUGGGCCGCCAACAACUCUCAGUGGUACUGGCAUCGACCGGAUGGCAUUUUUACAGGCCAAUAUCACUCGUGACAACACAAAGUUCAUAAAUGGAGCUGUAGUUGGUGAAAGAAAUGUCUUUCAGGUGGAUCAAGGGCUUGGCAUUGGUAGCAAGUUCCCGUUCUUCAACCGUCACCAGCUGACAGUUACACAAUUCAUUCCACUAAAACAAGUGGAGGAAGGUGCGGGCAAACCGCCACCUCCUAUUCUAGUCCUUAAUGGCCAUUAUGGGGGCUGUGUUGGAGACCUUCCAAGCUAUGACGCUUUUACACUUGGUGGACCUUACUCUGUGAGAGGUUACAACAUGGGUGAGCUUGGAGCAGCCAGAAACAUCCUCGAGCUUGGAGCUGAGCUAAGGAUACCCGUGAAAAACACGCAUGUAUAUGUUUUUGCUGAACAUGGAAAUGAUCUUGGAAGCUCCAAGGAUGUGAAAGGUAACCCAACAGAAGUAUACAGAAGAAUGGGGCAUGGCUCAUCAUAUGGUGCUGGUGUGAAGUUGGGAUUGGUUCGAGCAGAGUACGCUGUGGAUCACAACACUGGCACGGGUGCAUUGUUCUUCCGAUUUGGUGAGAGAUACUGAAACAGAGAUAAGUUUGUACUGGAAGCAGCAGGAGAAACUGCCAUAAAUUUUUCUGUCAAGGCGUAGGCCUAAGAUAGUUUAGCAAGAGAGAUUUGAAGUUGUGAUUUAUUUUUUUUCCUUGUGUUCCGUGGAAUUGGAUCAACUUAUUUCCUAUGUAGUUGAAUAAUCUGUCUCACUGGGU